AAUUUCUAUAAAUUGAUCAAAAGAGUCUCCGAAAUAGCACCUUUCUAUUUCAGCUGCCGAGAGGGUUUCGGUCGAAAUCAAAUUCGGAAGACGCGACCGGAGGCUUGCCGUGGAGGAAGAUUUUCCGUUACUGCUUUGAAUCGAUACGCAUAAUCACAAUGUCGACUGGGACUGGCAAUGAAACAACUAAUCCAAAACCAAAGGCAGCUCAGAAAACCAAGGGAUAUCUCAAGCGGAAAAAUCAAGCUGAUUUAACUGAGGGUCAACCAGGGGCAGAAUAUAUAAAGAGAAGGUCAACUAAAAAGAAUACUAUGAAAAUUUGGAAUGCGCUUCCAGAUAAUGCAGUGCUUGGCAAUGCAACUUGUAAUCCUGAAAGUGAUGAUAUCAGAUCCAAGUUUCUCAAGAUGACCCCUAAAGUGCCUACUGCUACACAUGGACAUGAGGAAAAUUUAACUGAACAAGGUUUAAAACAGGGUCCAAAAAGACCACCAAAGAAGGAAGCGAACACAACUGCCAGACAUAUAGCACCCAGUGAAUCAAACUUUGCUGAAAAGGGUCCAAACAAUCCAGCAACAAUGAAAGCGCAGCAAAUUAUCAGACAAAUAUCACCCACCGAAUCAAGCUUUGCUGAAAAGGAAAGAGAAAGAUGUAAAUCUUUGAAAGCGAGAAUAAAGGUACUGAAGGAGCAGAAUCAAAAUCUUAGGUUCCAAGUGGAAGAGGAAGCUGAACUUGCUUCGCAGCUUAAAGAUGCAAACACAAAGCUGUUGAAUGACCUGAGGCGAAAAUUACCUCCAGACGUGAUUGCAAGGCUUGAAGCGGCGAAUCCAGAUCGAGAUUGAUACCUGUCGCCAUGAACAAGUUAUGUCGAAGCUCAAUGACUCAUUAUGCUAAUGCCUGCCAUAAUCAAAUUGGAGAUACUGGAAGUGGAAGAAGACUUGACUGAUUUUUUCCCUCAUCUUCCGUCAAUCGUCAGGGUGGGGCACGCGGCAUGUCUUAAGUCCCUCUUCUCAUAUGAGCGUUUUUCUUUCUUUUGUAAAUAGUGAUGAAGUUGGUCGUGCCUUCUGAGUUCUGACCAUUCUUCAUUUUUCCAUUUAUCAUCGUUACAUCAUCUCAUUUCCGAUCGAGCAUCAAAUCAACCAGAUGACUAGUAGAUUUUAUGGACGGGACAUGCUAAAGUGUAUAAUUGAAGUAAGCGAAAAACCCUGCAGCCUAGAGUAAUUGUUAUCUGUUUGACUACCUCGGGCCUUAGGAUUUCCUUGGGCAUCAUAUAUGCCUUUGAAAAUCGCUGCAAAAACUGUCCUUUUGUUCUGAUAACCUAGGAAAAGGUUUAAACGCG